GGCGCCGACGCCGACGCCGGCCCUGCCCCCGUCGAGUGUUUGUGGUGGGGCUGCGGAGUCGCGGAUCCUGCUGGAAACUCCAGGACAAUGGGGACCCGGGACGACGAGUACGACUACCUGUUCAAAGUAGUGCUCAUUGGGGACUCAGGUGUGGGGAAGAGCAACUUGCUGUCCCGCUUCACCCGCAACGAGUUCAACCUGGAGAGCAAGAGCACCAUUGGUGUGGAGUUUGCCACCCGCAGCAUCCAGGUGGACAGCAAGACCAUCAAGGCUCAGAUCUGGGACACUGCUGGCCAGGAGCGCUACCGUGCCAUCACCUCCGCAUACUACCGUGGUGCAGUGGGCGCACUGUUGGUGUACGAUAUCGCCAAGCACCUGACAUAUGAGAAUGUGGAACGCUGGCUGAAGGAACUGAGGGACCAUGCUGACAGUAACAUCGUCAUCAUGCUGGUGGGCAACAAGAGUGACCUGCGCCACUUGCGGGCCGUACCCACUGAUGAGGCCCGUGCCUUCGCAGAGAAGAACAACUUGUCCUUCAUUGAGACCUCAGCCUUGGACUCCACCAACGUAGAGGAAGCUUUUAAGAACAUUCUCACAGAGAUCUACCGCAUUGUGUCACAGAAGCAGAUUGCAGACCGCGCAGCCCAUGAUGAGUCCCCUGGCAACAAUGUGGUGGACAUCAGUGUGCCGCCCACUACCGACGGACAGAAACCGAACAAGCUGCAGUGCUGCCAGAACCUGUGACUGCCCCGUUCCUCAUCCAAGUGUGCGUGCACAUCCUCGUCCUUCACCUGCCCCUCACCAUGAUGUUUUCCGGGACCCGACCCUCUGUCCCUCUGUGACUGGCUCCCACCUUCCACUGAGCUCUGCAUAGUCAGCUGAGGCUUAGAAAGAACAGAAGUCAAGCAGCACCAUUGCCUCCCACCCCAGGAAAGCUUGAAGCCUGGCUGCUGCACCUGUUCUUCUUGGGUCCCAGUGGGCCUCUGGGGAGGGUGGGAGGGUGGCAGGAUGGACAGGGACAUUCAGAGGCAAGAGGAUGGGUACACCAAGCAGGCUUCUUCAGUUUUCCACAGCAGACUCCAGGGAGUGAUUACAUCCCUUCCUCUCUGGCUAGUUGUUCCAGCUGGUCCUGGUCACCAGAACCCUGCUCUGGACUAAAGCCUGAAGAGCAAGUGACCAGGGGGCUGGAGUAGGCAGACAUAGGCUCCUGGCAUCCUACUACCCAUGCACAGCCAACAUGGCACUCACCUUUGACCUCAGCUUCUCCUGUGCGUGCGUGAAUCCAGCUCUUGCCUGUAAAUUUAUGCUGGGAGAAGACCACCCCACUUCCUUUCUGCACGCAGCGCAUUGCCCACCCUUUCCUGUGCCCUUCUCUCUGUCUUGUCUCCCUGUCUGGUCAGGAACCUGUUUGCAAGUGAAGCAAUAUCUCAGUGUUUUGUAUAUAUAACCACUCUUGUAGCCUUUGGUUUUUUGUUAUUGUAGAGAAACACAGAUUCUUUAUACACUUUGUAAGAUUGACGCCUAACCCCAGAUCUCAGAUCUCUUAUUCUCCCUGUGGCCCCUGCACUGUUGCCCCAAUGCCUCAUUUCUCUGGCCCAUUACUAAAAUGUGUAACCCAACUUCCUGGACAGAAACCUGCUGCUGCACUUUUGUCUUCUUUCUCUCUGCCAGGUGGCCACCCCUGAGCCAGGCACCUUGCUGCACACAUUCUGCAGUGGGUAGCACCACUGGGCUCAGCCUUACAGGGAGCUAGAACACCAGGCCUGAGUCCCUGCCUAGGACCAUGCAGAGGCCUCCUUAGCUGACCACAGGGGUCCCAGCGUGGGUUAGGGUGGGAUGACCCCUUUCCAAACUGCACCUGUGUGGCAGGGAGGAAGGAAGGGUUAGGAGGUUGACUUUAUAAACUCCCUGGUCCUAGGACCACCACCUCUAGGACUUGAGGGUGGCCCUCCAGGAGGGGGUGGGCUCUGCUGACUACUUUCACCUCCCAGCCCUGGGUGUUGAAGUGCUCAUUGCUUUCAUCAACUCCCCACCUGGCUGCCACCUGGAGUCCCAGCAAGGACUAGCAAGAGGGGCUGGCUCAGAUGGUGGUGGUACCAGUCUCACUCCAGUUCUCUCCAUCCCAGACUGACCUCUGAGGAGGGCUGAAUGGGAUGCUGGUGACAGAGGAGGGCUGAGUGGGAUGCUUGUCCACGUGGGCAGGACUGGCUUGAGGACCAGUUCCCAAAGUGGAGGAGGAAGAGGUGUGGCCAGCCAUGUGCUUGCACUGACCACAUGACCCAGUGUAUGUACCCUCUCACCUGAGAGCCAGCAGCUAUUCUAGAAGCUCCAGUCUCUAUCUAAAAUCCCUUAUUGCCCUUGACCCCUAGAGGAGAGCCACCAGAGGAGGAUUCCAGGCUCUGGCUGCCCUGCCCGGAAAUAUAGGUAGGCCCAAGACAUCCCUCCAGAAGAGUUCUGAGUCAUAGGGGCUCUUCUGAUAGGAGUUGGGUGAGCCAAGACCCAUGCUAGGAGCACCCUGGCUGGGAAUCUGAGAGGGUACAAUCCAGGGGCUAUUUACACGGACCCCAGGUCUCCUGGGUUUGGGUAGGACGGGCUGUGGAGAGGGCAGAGGGUGAAUGGGAGCUUCAGGGGGGCCAGGUGGAGCACUGAGGCACCUGGAAGGGUUUCAGGUAAUCAAAGGUCAAGUCUUUCUGGAGCCUCAGAUUGGCCAGGUCCUGAGCACAUACCAGGGAGAAAGACUGAUGUGACUCUGUCCCCUUUGGGGUGAUAGUCCAGUGAUGCUAUUUUAGUUACUCUAAUUUCAGUAAUUUAAUAAGCACAGCAUGCUGGCCUUGUGCCAGGCACUGUUCUUCAGGGUUUUUUGUUUUUUUCUUUAUUCCUCACCCGAGGAUAUUUUUCUUUUUAUCUUCAGAU